GAAAAGGAUGCUGCUAUAAAUUAACUAUAUUACUGUAAAGCUAUGACCAUAACAUCUGUGAUGUUUCUUUGCCCGGCAAGAAUUUUUCUAAUCUGCGCAAUCAUAAGCUUCUUAAAUUUCCACUGCUCCAGUGGCAAACAGGAUGAUUCUCUUCAACUCAAUAGAGCUGACGUCAAUGUGACCAAAGGCAGAUGGCGCCGCUCUUCAAGCCAGAUGGUGCAGCCUAUUGACUGUCUUCUUUCCAGUUGGUCAUCAUGGACCACUUGUGAUACUUGCCAGAAAAAAAGAUACAGAUUUGCCCAUGUGGAACAGCCUUCUCAGUUCGGCGGUGACCCGUGUGAUUACACUGACAGUGAAAGUGAAGACUGUGUUAUAAACAGACCCUGCAGUACUACUCGGUGUGAAGGUUUUGUCUGUGCCACAGGCCGAUGCAUCAAUCGUAGGCUACUUUGCAAUGGAGAUGAUGACUGUGGAGAUCAAUCAGAUGAAGCUGAUUGUAGGAAGGUAUAUCAGAGGUGCAAUCAGGUCUUGGAACAAUUUUGGGGAAUACAGAUGCUGUCAAGUGGCUUUAAUGCUUUCACAAACAAUCUAGAAGGGGUGAUUCUUGACUAUAAAUAUUAUGCAGGAGCAUGUCGGCCACAACAUAUUGGUACUGUUGGUUUUAGAAAACCAUACAAUGUAGAAAGUUAUUUGGCUGAGACCAAAGGCAAAUAUGAAUUUUCAAUGACUGCGUAUGAAUCGUAUUCAAGUUUUGAACACAGCGUCGCCAGGGGAAAAUCAAAACAAGAAAGUUUUGGCGUUGGACUAACUAUACCCCGUGUAUUUAAAUUUAGUUACAGUCAGAAUGACAAGCGAUACCAAAAAUUUGCUAGCAGGACAAAAAGAUUUUCUUCAACGUCUAACAGGUUUGUCCAUGCAUAUGCAGAGUUGGAAGUUGCUCAAUAUAAACUGAAGAGACAGGACUUGAUGCUUCACUCUGAGUUCUUCCAGAGAAUUCUUCGUUUGCCUCUGGUGUAUAGCUAUGGAGAAUAUCGUGAUCUUUUCAGAGAUUAUGGAACACAUUACAUCACUGAAGCAACUCUUGGCGGCACUUAUGAAUAUACUUUGAUCAUGAAUAGCAAUGCUCUGGAGAAGGAAGGAUAUAACUUCAGAGAUGUCCAAGCUUGUACACAACGAGGAGUUAAAGUUGGCGUAACUAUUAAAGAAGUUAGUGUAUCCGCAGGAAUAACUGUUGGAGGGUGUAAUAACAUUUUAAAAGAAAUUGGAGAUAUCACAACAGAAAAGAAAUUUGUGGAAGACUUUAUUGCUCUUGUCCGUGGAGGGGCCAGUGAACACAUUACAACACUUGCAAAUAAAGACUUGCCCAAUGCGGAAUUGAUGCAAGAGUGGGGGGAUGCUGUUCAGUACAACCCAGAGAUCAUCCGAAUGAAGGUGGAGCCUCUUUACAAUUUGAUUACUGCAAAUACUUUUGCCAAUGCUGCUACGCUGAAACAAAACAUGAAGCUUGCUCUCGAGGAAUUCCACCAGGAAACAAGUAACUGUGGAUGCGCUCAAUGUCAGGGCAACGGAACCCCAUUUUUGAAAGGGACUCGCUGUGAAUGCAUCUGCCCUCUAGGACACGAGGGUACCGCCUGUGAAAGAACACAAAGAACAAGUGUUCCAAUAGAUGGAAACUGGAGCUGCUGGUCCAGCUGGACCACAAGUAGUGGAAGACAAAAAUCUAGAAGCCGAGAAUGUAACAAUCCACCUCCUCAAAAUGGUGGCAGUCCUUGUCCAGGGCCAAGUCAGGAAACUACUUAAUGAUUGUGUUGAAAAGAGAACAUGCUGAAUUUUUUUCAUAAAUCCAAAUAGUUGGAUGAUGGAAGUUAAAUGAUAAAUAGCUCACUCCCAUUUAGAAACCCUUUUUCAGCUGUGGAAGUGUAUGAAUGAAAUACAAUAAACUUUGGCGCCUACAGAUCUGGUACCACAUAUUACCUUUUGGAUUAAAAAAUGCAUACAGUUUUAAAAUCUGUUUGAUGAAUGUUUAUUAUGCCAGCAAUGAGGAGAGCUUAAGGGUGCAGAAGUACCUUGUAAUAUUAAAGGUCAACAUUUGCCCUUCCAGCAUUAAGAAAUAUUGACCUUUUUCAGAUAGUUAAGUAAAGCAACCUCUAGCAAGAGCAUAUUACUUAUUUUUCUAUCAAUGUAACAAUACAGCUUUUCUAAUAGUCACUGGAGGGUAUUUCUAGCUGCUGAGAUACCUAGGGUA